GUAAAGAGGGCCGUGGGCGUAUUGGGUGUCGGAGAGGACUCUGAAACUGGUUCCUCAUAGUGGUUGGUUGUAGUUUUUAUUUUGACAGAUUCUGGGGGCAGCAGAUGCACCCCGUUCUCUCGAUAUUUUCUUAACUCCAGUCGGUUGAUAGCAUGAUUUGAGUGGGAGCUUUUUAGUGAAGCUUCUGAGUUAAGGUAGCUUAUGGGAUUGGGGAAGCUGCCAGAGGAAAAAUAAAUGGGGGAGUCGGAGCAGGGAAGUGAUGUCGGGGAUGAGGGGUCGAGAUGAUCUACUAGUUCAUAUUUACAGGGUUUACUGUACCAGAUACUGCCCCAAACCCUUUAAGCUUGGUGGCUCAUUUACUCCUUCGAGGUCUGGCCUCCUGUUAACCUUUACGUAAGUGGGGAAGCUGAGGCCCAGAGAGAUCAAGGAACACUUACAAAAAAAAAGAAAAAGAAAAAAAGAAAGUGAAAAGAAAAGAAAAAGAAUGAAAAAAGCAAGCAAGAAAGAAAGAUAAAUGAAAAGCAUCUGUGCCAGACUUUGAAUUCUGCUAAAGUCCCAGGCUCCACAGUGUGGUUUCCCAUCAUCAAAGUAAGAAGAAAGUGAGGUUGUAGGAUCAGAGUGUAGUUUAAUUUGAACAGCUGUGAUAAGAUGUUGGCCUGCUAAAAGUUGUGAAGUCUCGAGGUAUAGGGCAGUGAUAGAUGUCAGCCAGGGAAGGUGGGAAACCGUGGUCUGCAAACCUGUGUCUCCAGGCUUGGCUGUGGUCUUCUCUUUAGCAGUUGGUGGGAUAGGGAAGAGAGAUAUAAACACACACACCCCUAAGUUUGAAAAUGGAAUUACAGAGACUCGUAGAACUCAACGAUUUGACAUAGCUACCUCUUUAACAGAUGCACGGGCAUGGAGGUUAUGACUCUGAUUUUAGUGAUGAUGAGCAAGGUGGAGAAUCCAGCAAGAAGAAGAAGAAGACAGUCGAAGAUGAGUUGCUGCUUACAAAACCAUUUCAAAGAGAAAAACAUGGAAAGGUGGCCCAUAAGCAAGUCGCCGCGGACCUGCUGGACAGGGAGGAAGCAAGAAAUAGAAGGUUUCAUCUCAUUGCUAUGGAUGCUUAUCAAAGGCACACAAAAUUUGUAAAUGACUAUAUUUUGUACUAUGGUGGCAAAAGGGAGGACUUUAAGCGCCUGGGGGAGAAUGAUAGGACAGACCUGGAUGUUAUACGAGAAAACCAUAGGUUCCUGUGGAACGAGGAGGAUGAAGACGAUAUGACUUGGGAGAAGAGACUUGCAAAGAAAUACUAUGAUAAAUUAUUCAAGGAAUACUGUAUCGCCGAUCUCAGUAGAUACAAAGAAAAUAAGUUUGGAUUCAGGUGGCGAAUAGAAAAAGAAGUAAUUUCAGGAAAAGGUCAGUUUUGUUGUGGGAAUAAAUGUUGUGAUGAAAAAGAAGGCUUGAAGAGCUGGGAAGUGAACUUCGGUUAUGUUGAGCAUGGUGAAAAGAGAAACGCACUUGUUAAAUUAAGAUUAUGCCAAGAAUGUUCCUUUAAAUUAAAUUUUCAUCACAGGAGAAAAGAAAUCAAAUCAAAAAAAAGAAAGGCUAAAACCAAGAUUGAAUGUGACGAUUCACCGCCUAAGAAAUCCAGAUCAUCUUCAGAGGCUUCCAAGGGGAAGGAUGAAGGACAUUCAUCCUCAAAAGAGUCAGAAGAUUCUAGAAACAGAGACACUGAUGAGGAAGAUGGUGCUUCCGAAUCCGAGCUCUGGAAGGGUCCCCUGCCAGAGACCGAUGAAAAGUCACAGGAAGAAGAAUUUGAUGAUUAUUUUCAGGACUUGUUUCUGUGAUGAACUGGGAGAGAGUGAGGUAGUGCCCUGUGAAACUCCGUGAACGUGUCCAUGCCACUGCGUGGACAGCCACCAGGCCAUGUUUCGGAGGCUCGGGCGGGGACUGCCUCAGACACUUCCUCCUCCACUUGGCUGGUGGGUGGCGUCUCAGUUGCUUAUCCACAGAUCUGUCUUGGCCAUAGCUCUCCAGUGUAUGAUACACCAUUUUAAGUGACAUUUGAACAGGGAGUAAUUGGCAUUAAACUGUAAAUAAAUUAUGUAGUGUCUGCUUUUAAAAUG